CUCUCGGCGCCGGCCCAGUCGCGCACCGUCACCUCCUCCUUUCUGAUCAGGGACAUCCUCGCCGACUGCAAGCCCCUGGCGGCCUGCGCGCCCUACUCGAGCUGCGGGCCGCCCGCGGGCCCCGAGCCCGGGGGCCGCCUCUCGGCCAAGGCCGGGGAGGACUUCCGCGAGAAGCUAGACAAAAACGGCAGCACCACGUCUUCGGAUUCAGAGUACAAAGUGAAGGAGGAGGGCGACCGCGAGAUCUCCAGCUCCCGGGACAGCCCGCCCGUGCGCCUCAAGAAGCCGCGCAAGGCGCGCACGGCCUUCACCGACCAUCAGCUGGCGCAGCUGGAGCGCAGCUUCGAGCGGCAGAAGUACCUGAGCGUGCAGGACCGCAUGGAGCUGGCCGCCUCGCUCAACCUCACCGACACGCAGGUCAAGACCUGGUACCAGAACCGCAGGACGAAGUGGAAGCGGCAGACGGCCGUGGGGCUGGAGCUGCUGGCGGAGGCCGGCAACUACUCGGCGCUGCAGCGGAUGUUCCCGUCGCCGUACUUCUACCCGCAGAGCCUCGUGUCCAACCUGGACCCCGGCGCCGCGCUCUACCUGUACCGCGGCCCGAGCGCGCCGCCGCCCGCGCUGCAGAGGCCGCUGGUGCCCCGCAUCCUCAUCCACGGGGGCGACUUCGCAGCGUACAUUAAUGAAGAACAAGCCUUCCCUACAAGUUUAUAA